AUAUCUACUUUACCACGACGCGUACUGAAGUCCUCUCCACACCGAGUGCUAAGCUAUGCGCCAUGCUGCUACGCAUGGAGGAAGCUGCCUUAUAGGAAAACAAGACUCGGUUGUUUAUUAAUAAUAUUUGCUUAUUCAUAACCGACGCCUCUUUUUAUUUAUUUAUUUUAGUUUUUUUCUUUUUUUUUUCUGACAUCUCCUCCGAGGUGCUGGGUAGGCUGUCUCCCGGGGCUCUAUAUAAACACAGAGUGGUGCGGAAUGGAUCACGACUGGAUGUUUACGACCUGUAUCCUCGAACAAGAAGGAGCCCAAAUGCUGCUGUAUAUAUUCAGCAGCUAGCGACUGCUCUGUUUGGGACUUAUAACCUCGCUGUAAAAGGUCUGGUUUUACUAGCACAUACGUAUUUGUUUGGUUUUAGUCGUUUUUUUUUUUUUUUUUUUUUCCUGGCUACACAUCUACAGCUGGUACCUGCCCUUUACCCAAAACAUGUCUGGCACCGACUGCUGAGAGCGCCCGUUUUUUAAACUUUAUUUUUUUAUUAUUUCAACGUUUUACAUCAAGAAAUGAAGUCGCCUGUGGCUCCCGGGAUACGACUUAUCACGUCCUUUUCUCGGGAUAGUUGGUAUCGCGGUUUUAUUCUUUUCCUCACCUUCAUCUUCUACACAUCCUAUCAUUUGUCGCGGAAACCAAUCAGCAUCGUUAAAAGUGAGCUUCACAGAAAUUGUUCCCAAGUCAUUCGACCAGCAGACCUAAACAUAACCGACAAUGUUACCUGGUGUGACUGGGCGCCUUUUGACCAGGACAACUAUCAGACACUGUUUGGGGUCUUGGACAACUCCUUCCUCAUUGCCUACGCCAUCGGCAUGUUUAUCAGUGGGAUGUUCGGAGAGCGCCUGCCUCUGCGUUAUUACCUGAGCUUCGGGAUGUUAACGAGCGGGUUGUUCACGGCUCUGUUCGGCCUCGGCUUCUACUGGAACAUCCACUCGUUAGGGUACUACGCCUUCGUGCAGGUGAUGAACGGGCUGGUUCAGACCACCGGUUGGCCAUCGGUGGUGGCCUGUGUCGGCAACUGGUUCGGAAAGGGGAAGCGUGGGUUCAUCAUGGGUGUGUGGAACUCCCACACCUCAGUGGGAAACAUCCUGGGCUCCCUGAUCGCUGGGGCCUUCGUCUCCACAGCGUGGGGGAUGUCCUUCAUUGUCCCCGGACUCAUCAUCGCCUCCAGUGGGAUCCUGUGCUUCUUCUUCCUAGUUGAGAAACCUGAAGAUGUGAACUGCUCUCCUCCUCAGCAUCACAGUGACGGUGAUCAGGAGAGCGGUGAGACGGAUCCUCUCCUGCGCAGCUCCUCCAACGUCAACCGAGGCAUCAACGGCUCCAUCUCCGCGGAGCCCCAGGAGAUCGUGGAGGAGGACGCCAAGGCCAUAAGCUUCCGCGAGGCGCUCUGCAUACCUGGAGUGGUGGAGUUCUCUCUCUGUCUGCUGUUUGCCAAGCUGGUCAGCUACACUUUCCUCUACUGGCUUCCUCUCUACAUCUCUAAUGUUGCACAUUUUGAUGCAAAACAAGCAGGAGACAUGUCGACACUAUUUGAUGCAGGAGGAAUCUUGGGCGGCAUCCUGGCCGGUGUCGUGUCCGACUACACGGAAGGAAGAGCGACGACUUGUUUCGUCAUGCUGGUUGCUGCUGCCCCCAUGCUUUACGUCUAUAACUACAUCGGACAGAGGAGCCUUGCUACAACAAUUGGCAUGCUGUUGUUGUGCGGAGGCCUGGUGAACGGACCGUACGCCCUCAUCACGACGGCUGUGUCUGCUGACCUGGGAACACACGAGAGCCUGAGAGGAAACUCCAGGGCUUUGUCAACAGUCACAGCAAUUAUUGACGGCACAGGAUCGAUAGGUGCUGCGUUGGGUCCUCUGUUUGCUGGUUUGAUCUCUCCCACCGGAUGGAACAACGUCUUCUACAUGCUCAUCUCUGCCGACAUCUUGGCCUGCCUGUUUCUAUCCAGGCUCGUUUACAAGGAAUUUCGUGGAUGGUGUCAACCUGUCUCCCAAGUCAGAGGGUUUACAGAAAUCUGAAAUAUUCCCACAACUAAACUGGGAACAAAUCACAAAGGAGGGAAACAAAUGCCGAAAGUGACCUCACUGUAUAAAUGAAAAAAACUCUUUCUAUGAACUUUCUAUGAGCAAACUCUUCAUUUCAAGGCACUAAGUUGACGAUUGAAGCUUUUAUUUUUUAUUUUAUUUUAAAACUCAGAGAAAUCUGUCUUUAUGAAAACAGAAAUGCUUUUUGUAUGUCUAAUCUACAUGUUCUAAUGUGUUUAUUUUAAUAUUCUUUUACCAUUAAAGUGUUUAUACUGUU